AUGGACAUGGGCGCCGGUGAGUUCGAGCAGAGCCUCCCUUUGCUGCAGGAGCUCGUCCUGGGCGCGGACUUCGUGGGUCUGGACAUAGAGUUCACUGGCCUCCGUUCUAACCUGUCGGGGCCCGAGCAGAUCAGUCUGUUUGACUUGCCAUCAGAAUGGUAUCUGAAGACCCGUCAGAGUGUUCAGCAGUUCACCAUCUGUCAGAUUGGAUUGUCUGUGUUUUCCAGUAUUGAAGGAGAGUCAAACAAGUAUGUAGCCCAUUCGUGUAACUUCUUUCUCUUCCCUACAACAUUUGGGAUUUUGGAUUCAGAGUUCUCUUUCCAGGCUUCUAGUGUUCAGUUUUUGAAUCAGUAUGGCUUCGACUAUAACAAGUUUCUCAAAAAUGGAAUCCCAUAUAUGAACGAAGAACAGGAGAAGAAAAUUAAACACAACAUCCUGACUGGGAACUGGAGAGUCCGCAGUUCUCUGGAUAAAGACCAGAUCAAGGUGGUGAUUGAUGAGGUGACGCGCUGGCUGGACCUGGCAGAGGAAGGCGACUGGAUGACCCUCCCUGGUAUCACUGGCUUCCAGGCCUUCGAGGUCCAGCUCGUGCUGAGGAAGGCCCUCCCUGACAUCUGGACGGUGCUGAGAGACCAAGGGGUGACAGUGAAAAAAGUGAGUAAGCAGCAUCGCUGGUAUCUUGAGAACACCUCUUGUGAUCGAGAGAGCUGUUGGAAGGAGAAGAUUCUUCUCUCUGCGAGGGGUUUUUCUCUGUUUUUCCAGAUGCUGGUGAAAGCCCAGAAGCCCUUGGUGGGACAUAACAUGAUGCUGGACCUGCUGCACCUCCACGAGAAGUUCUUCAGACCUCUCCCAGAAAGCUACGAUGAAUUUAAGCUGAAUAUCCACAACCUAUUUCCUGUUCUUAUUGAUACCAAGAAUGUGACAAAAGAUAUCUGGAAGGAACUGAAUUUCCCAAGGGUUUCAAAUCUUUCAGAAGUUUAUGAAGUCCUAAACAGUGACUUGAAUCCUACCAGGAAUUCUGGGCCGGUGAUUAUUCAUGCAAGCAGGUGUGAAAAGUAUGCUGAGACAAAGUACCCCCACGAAGCCGCGUAUGAUGCCUUCCUGUGCGGAUCAGUUCUUCUGAAAGUGGCGCACUUGCUCCUGUGGAGAGUGCAUGGUGCAGUUCCCAUCCCCGAGCCCUCCUUCCCGCUGUACCUCGACGUGCUGGCUCCCUACGUGAACCAGGUGAAUCUUAUCCGAGCUGGGGUCCCCAAGAUCAAUUUUUCGGGUCCAGAUUACCCCAGUAUCCGUCCCCCCAUCCUCAUCCUCACUGUCAGGAAGUGGCCCGGGGUCAGCGAGGAGCAAGUCUACCGAGAGUUUCAGAAGCUCUGCAAGUUCGACGUCAGGAGACUCACGCAGAGCCAGUUCCUUCUCUUGACCAAUAAGUUUAAGGACGCUCGGAGCGUCCUGAAGGAGUACAGGCGCCACCCCACCCUGCAGGUCUCCCUGUACCGCUACUGGAGGCACGCCCCGAACAUCAACUGCCUGUUACACGUCUGCGGUGUAGUCACCAUCUGGGCCUUUCUCGCGUUUCUCCUGGGAAGAGCUCACCCCUGA